AUGAGCAAGCGCAAGCACGACGAGGACAGCACCCAGAAUGACGAAGACAGUUGGGACGACGUCGUGUUGGAGUUCGCUUCGGGAGAUUUCAUGCCAGCUUGCUCCGUGCCCCUGCGUAUGUGCUCACCGGUGUUCAACAGCAUGCUGUCAUCGGGCAUGCGGGAGGCGCAACAGAAAACCAUCCAGGUGGAGGUGGCGACGCGGGAGGAGUUCGACGUCUUCUACAAUCUGCUCAAGCCCGGUGCCUUUAGUACAGACAAGGUCACCCAAGAGAAUGUGGACGCGCUGCUCACCAUCAGCCUCUACUACCAAGUUGGCUUCCUGAGGGAUGCCUGCGAAACGCGGCUUCUCAGCCUGCCGGCCACCGUGGACCGGCUCCUUCAUGCGGAAAGGAUGGGGCUGAAGCGCCAGUUCUCCCGUUGUGCCCGAGAGCUCGCACAGUCCUGCAGCGAAGAGGAACUGAAGCAAAUCCAAGCGGGCUCGGUGGAUGCGUUAAUGGCGGUGGCCACUGCAAUGAGAAGCUUGCUUCAGGAGGACGAGCCCAACCGCAUCUUGAAGGCCGCCACGCUUGACUUGCGGGUUCGCCGCGGACCGGACUGGAAAUGGCAGAACCAGGACGGCGGGGGCCUUGGAAUGACUGCAGUGAGCGACUCGGAGCGCGACCGCAGCCCCGGCUGGGUGGCUGUGGAAUGGGAUCAUUCGUACACAGGACACUACCGGGUGGGGGCAGACGGCAAGUACGACCUGAUGGUUGUUGGCCGGGUUGAUGCGGUAGUGGUGGAGGGAGCUGGUGGCGUGGCAGCCCCACUCAAUGGGCUCUAUCGGCAGAAUGGGACUUUCUUUGACAAGCCGAAGUUCAAGCUGGAGGGCGCUGCUGCCAUCAUCUACUUCCUAGGAUGCUGGAAGCUCAACCACGAGGACGUCACAACCGGCUGGUACUACUGCUACCCAGACUGUGAAGCACCCACUCCCCCUCUCGGACGUUGGUCGACUGAAGGCUAUACCCAUGGGGAUGCAGAUCCUGCCCCAAUCCUACGCCUGCCCGACGACGAGAGGGAUCCGCGAUGA